UUUCGGCCGGGGAGUUGGAGACCUUACAGAAUUCCGGCUUAAAUAAAGUUUCUCAGAAAUAACUCGGCCAUGCUUGGAAAAAGAUUUAACCCGGUGAUCGGGAAAUUCGCCGGAGCAAAGGUCCCCGGCGGCCAAACGGCGACUUCCAAGGAAGGAUCAACCAGCCCAAGAAGUCCCCUGGACCACAAGGUCCAAUCAGCAAGAUGUCCAAAAAGUUACGAUUUUGGCGGAGUUGGUCUGGCCAUCGUCGCCGCCCUGGAUAAAUCCGGCGAAAUUCCCGGCGUCGCGGUCGCGUACGGGCGGAAAUCGAGAGGGUCCGUUCCGAUUCCGGUGAACCGAGGCAGGAUCCCGGCGAGACACGUCCCGGAACCCGGGAGCCUGGAAGAGGAGUACACGGUGGUCACCCGCCGGCGGGGCGGCGACAACAGGGCGCACACCAGAGUGUACACCGGCGAAGGGGAAAUCCGGAGUAGUUACAGAAGCAGUCGGCCGAGCGUCUUCGUGAUUUCUCCGGCGAGAAUCGGGGACAUAAUCCCGGCGUACCCGGAUCCGGAUUUCCUCUCAUCUUGCCAAUCUUGUCGGAAAAAACUCGACGGCAAAGACAUAUACAUGUACAGGGGAGAAAAGGGGUUUUGUAGCACAGAGUGCAGAAACAGGGAGAUGGUGAAGGAGGAGGAGAGGCAGAGAGAGAACAAUUGCGGGUCGGAGAUCUCGCCGGCGGCCAGCUGUUCUUACACGAACCCUCAUCACAUGAUUCCCACCGGAAUUUUGGCCGCCUGAUGACCGGACCGGAGUAAUGAUCGAGUAUAUGUAUGUAUAGAGGGUGAUCGGGGGUGAUGGUGUAUGUAUACUAUAAAAGCAGAGCGUACUCCGGAGUUAUUGAAUACACGCCGGAGGAAUUGAACACCAAGAAAAAGAAAGGGGUUCUUCCUUCUUGGCUUACUCGUGUAAUGAUUUUUUUUUUAAUAUUUUUAAUCCAAAUCUCUUUCUUCUUCUUCUUGUUUCUUCCAUUACUGGGGGGAGGGGUUGCCACUCUUCCCU